AGUCACAUAUCGCGAACGAUCUCUCCCGGCAAAGGUGUACGACGCUCAUUCGGUCGGUUUCUCCGCGUUUAACGUGUAUGUAUACAAUCGUCUCGCGCAUUCGCGCAAGUGUUUUGUACGACAAAGUGUAAAAGUGUCGAUUUAUAUAUGACAUAAACAGCGAAUCGCCGCGCAUAAUUCGCGGGCUACUCGCACAUAUCCGUUUCGAACUUUGCGAUAAAUCGAUAAUUUUUUCAUUUUUUUUUUGGUGUGUGUGUGCCGGUAUACGUAUCUAUAUAGGUAUAUGUAUACAUAUAUUAUAUAUAUAUGUAUGACAGAUGAGUGUCAUCGGCAGGGACCUGUCAAAUUCUUUGUUCUCCCCGCUCAUAUCAAAUCGCAGAUCGCAGCUGAUUCGCAUGUGAUGUGUCACGCUUGACGCAUCUCGCGCAACACGCGCUGCCUGCGCGAUUCGAUACUUCGAUAGUGUCCGAGCGAGUGCCGUCGACUAUCGGGAGGUGCUGAGCCACUUGUCAAACGGAGUAUUCGCGAGGCAUGCGUGUGCGACGCGCGCGACUGCACUGUAGUUUGUGAUGUGAUUCGUGCGUUAUUUUGAGGUUAUUUCGGUCUCGUGUAACUGACCUAAGAUACCGCUCUUGCGAGGGAAAAGCGAGGAUCUUUUAUUUUCACUUUGACUCUACGAGCGACGAGUCGAUCGAGACUCUUCCCUCCGGACUUUUAAACAUUGAAAACGGCAGGUGACUCCGGUGCGUUCUAACCUUAAAAACUGAUACUCCAGAAUCUUCGAAAUGUGUUUUGUCGCGUGAACAGUGAAAUAUUGUUGUUCCACGAGAAGAUCCUUUAUUUUCGUGAGGACAGCUUUGCAUUAUUUACACGCAGUGUCAACAAAUAUCUUCGGGAAUUGCAUCAUCUGUUCAUGAUGUUAAGUCUAUUAUUUGUACUUAACGAAGACAAUAAACCACUGUGACAACACUUCAAGAUAUAUAGAACUUUGUUUUUAUUUGUGCUGAUUUAAUUGGAACAAGCCAGCAAGAUGUUGUGCAUAAAGAAACUGUAUCGGGAGGAGCUGCUGCAAUUGGCAUUGUUGCUCUCCUUACUGCGUGUGGAUCCAGAAUCUUAUUUGGGUCUGGACAUUCAAACCCUCAACGUAGGAUCUUUGGAUCUCAAUAAUGGAUCAGGAUGGCACACCGAUCACACAAUUAUCCAUCGUCCGAUGUUUGUGCAUCCAAAAAAUCCAGAUUCCAUGCUUCUAAAUUACCAGAGAGAUCUGUUUGAAGAACUCAAUUCACUAGGAAGAUACAAUAGAAUGAAUUCUGGUCUCAACGCUAUACAUGCUUAUCUAUUAAAUGUCGAUGAAUCUAAUAGAGAUGCAUUGGCAAGCUCCAGCGUGCCUGUUUCAACCAAUACAACAAGAAACAUGACGUCUCCUGAUCCACCAACCUCUACACAAAGUCCUGCAGAGCCAGUUGGUGCAACGGAACUCACUCAAGAGGAUAUGGAUCUAAUUGAGGUUCUUUGGAAGCAGGAUGUGGAUCUCGGAUUUACGUUGGUGGAACCAGCCACGACACCCGCCAAAAAGUCAUCUACAUCAGAAAAAGAAUCAGCAGACGAAAUUGAGAAGCUGAAAGCUUUGGAAGCUAUUAAUGCCACGAAUCAAAAGGAUGAUGCCAAAGAGCCUGAAUCGCAGGAAGAUGAUCCAUGGGCAGGACUUCCUUACACCGUGGAUCUCGAAACCGGUGAAUACAUUCUCAGCUCCAGCAGUCAGAACGGAAGUGGAAGUAGCAUCAUCGAAGAAGACGGUCCGCUUCUCAACGAAGCAUCGUUGGCUUUGGAUAAUCAUCCCUUGGCUGACUUAACUGAUGAUUCUCUGGGUCUAAACGACACUCUAGGACUCGAGCAUGACUUUACAUCAGACUUACUCGGAAGUAGUCUCUUGGAAAGCGCUGGCGUAGAGGGCCUGCUCAGCAACGAUACUCUAGGCUUGCCCGACGAAUUUAAUCUUGAGGAGGCGCUUCAGCUUGUUGGUCUCGAUGAGGCUCAACCAGAGGAAACAAAACCAGAAGUGAAGAAGAAGAAGAAAGAGGAUACUACCGAAAACUCCGCAAGUGCAGAGGACGAUUCGGCUAUCUCAACCUCGAGUAACGUCGAGGUCGCGAAGUCAUCCAAGUGCGAGGAUCCCGAGACCGGCGACAUGAUUCACACACCGCAGUUUCAUCAUCCCCAUCAUCACCGCUCCUUCCAGGGUCGCAUGCCAUUCAUGCGAGCGAUGAGCAUGGAACAGCGGUGGCAAGAUCUCGCAUCUCUGUUAGCCCUACCGACAUCGGAUCAUUUCGCACAUCCAGCACAUUCUGGAUACGCAGGACACGGCAUAAGUCACAGUCAUUACGAGACGCAACGUAACGUAUUGCUCCACAAUCCUACCUUAGCACCUCCGGUAGGAGAUCUCAAUUCGACCGGACCUUAUCACAAUGUGGGUGGGUCGUCGAACCUGGGUUCAGCUGUGGCAACAUCAAUGAAUUUGACAAAUAGUAGUGAACCAAUGGGUGCAGAGAGUGGCGCGACUUACAAAUCUGAACCUAACGAUAUGAUGUAUUAUCACACACCGACAACAGAUUCGAUCAACCAAACCACAGAUGGAUUUCUUUCAUCUUUACUCAAUGAUGAGGAUUUGCAUUUGAUGGAUAUGGCGAUGAAUGAUGGCAUGUACACUAUGCGCAUGUUGGAUAACGGUAGCAACAAUGCAUCCGGACCCACCGGUGCAGCGGCUUUACCGAAUGUGCAAACGGCUGGCGGUGCGACUCCGGCGACUACGGGUGUCACGACUUUACCUGGGGUAGCCGACGAGAGGAUGGACGCUUCGAGUGACAGCGCUGUCAGUAGUAUGGGUAGCGAACGCGUACCAUCUCUCUCGGACGGCGAAUGGAUGGAAACUGGAUCAAAUUCCAGCCAUACUCAGGCUGACUCUCAUUACACUAUGGAUUACGCGAGCAAAUAUCGCAUGCCAUACGACUGUAGCUACUCGGUAUCCGGGAGAAAUGCCGGCUCUCCGAGAUGUCAAACAGAACGGACUGUACCGCCAGUCGCACAAAAGAAACAUCAAAUGUUCGCCAAGCGAUAUUUUCAAGAGCAAGGCACUUGCUCACCUUUAGGAGCUACUGCACAUCCGACUACUCCAAUGAAAUAUGAAUAUGACACACAUACAGUUGGUGCGGGAGCACCAGGGAACACGUAUUCUGGACCAAUCGAGGGUGCAGCCGGGCCACAGCCUGAAAUUAAAUAUAGUUGUAGUGUGGAUUUCAGUCGUCAUCAAUCUGGACGAUCUGCAAUAGAACAUGUUCAUCAUAAUCACACCUAUCAUUUACCUGCUGAGAGUUCAGGAUCCCUUCAACGUCCAAUUUCCCGCGAUAAGAAAGCCCGCAAAAAUGACAAUGAUGAGCAUUUAACGAGAGACGAGAAGAGAGCAAGAGCAUUGAAUGUGCCGAUUGCAGUCAGUGACAUCAUCAACCUUCCCAUGGACGAAUUUAAUGAACGUCUCAGUAAAUAUGAUCUCAGUGAGGCCCAACUAUCGUUAAUACGCGACAUUAGAAGACGAGGCAAAAACAAGGUUGCCGCACAGAAUUGUCGCAAAAGAAAAUUGGAUCAAAUCAUAAGUCUAGCUGACGAAGUAAAAGAAAUGCGAGACCGUAAGAUGAGGCUUGUCCGCGAGCGUGAGUUUAUGCUAAUUGAGAGACAGCGAGUGAAAGACAAAUUUAGUCAACUUUAUCGUCAUGUUUUUCAAUCUUUACGGGAUCCAGAUGGUAAUCAAUAUCAUCCCUAUGAAUACAGUCUUCAACAGUCUGCGGAUGGGAACGUUCUGUUAGUUCCCAGAAAUCAGACAAAUCCGCAUCAAUCACGGCAGUCUUCAAUGGAACCGAAGACAAAACCCGAUCCUGAGCACAAGGAAUGAAAUUCUUAAAGGAUUGUGAUUGAUUAUUGAGGAACUCCUGUUCUCUCUUGAACAGAGGACGUGCGUCCGAAGCGUAGUGAAGGCGUAUACGGUGUCGGGGAAUGAAGAUUGUUAUACGUUAUUAGAAUUACUGCGCAUAAUUCUCGUCAAACAAAAUUCAUGAUUUUACAUAUGGUUCGCACUCCAAAUAAACAACGAAAUUCGUUGAAGCUAUUAGCUUACAAAUCGCGACUAUGCGAUUCUUGACAAAUGACUUUUUUUUUAAAUAUAUUUAGAAAAAUAAGAAAAAAAUAGGAUUUAAUCAUCCUAGUAAUGGUUGUUGUAUGUAAGGGUGAUAUCACAGUUUUUUCAGUUACUUUAAUUCAGUUACAGACCACACCCAUAUUAAUACAUUUUCACGUCCAAAGAUCAUGUUGCGUAUUUUUUUUUUUUUUUUUUUUUCAUUCUCACAAUAAAAUUUUUAUAUUACAGCAUCGGGGGGAGGGCAUACAAUUAGUUUAUUCGUAUACAUUGUAUUUUGUCCGUUGACUGUCCUAAGUAAGGAAAAUAAUGAAAUAAUGAAAUAAAACUGAAAGCUUCAUAAAUUU